AUGUUGAUGCUAAAUCCAGAUGGCCAGAGGUAUGAGAUACUCGCAAUGGAGACUUCUCCGGGGAUCUACAAACCUUGGGAUCCGAAGACAGAUUUGAUGAAGUUCAUGCUACCCACUUCAGAUGUGAACUCUUCGGUUUCAGAGAUCAUCAAUUCCAAGGGACAUCUUUUCCAACAUAGUAUUGAUGAAUCAUAUACAUGUUGGAUAUGGCACGGAGAGCUAAAUCCAGAUGAUGAACCCCCUCACCCACACAAUAAACGUGUUCGUGACUCAUUUGACGAUGGAACAGAAGAAAACAACGAAGAAGAUGGUGAUGACAGGUCUUUUGAAUACUCUGAUUUCAUGAACCAUGUCCAAGGGGAUUCUGAACCCCUUUACCCGGGAUGCAAGACCUACACUAAGCUGAAGGCACUAGUGAAGCUAUAUAACUUGAAGGCAAAGCAUGGGAUUUCUGAUUCAUGCUUCUCUGAAAUUCUGCUUUUGCUGGGUACAUAUCUCCCAAAGGGCAACUGCCUGCCUUCGUCAUUUGGUGAAGCAAAGAAGACCUUAUGUGCUUUAGAAGGGCCUAACAAGGAUGUACCCACUUUCAGUGGGUAUAAAAUCAAUGGUGUGACCUACAGCACCAAAGAACGUGAUGAUAUGCGUCAAGUUCAGUGUAGUGGUGUUUGUGUAGAAGCUCAAACAAUGCUCGUAGUUGUUCAUGUCGAUCUGCUAGGGGUGCUUGUCCUCCUGUAUAUUGAUGUUGCUGUGUCUUAAGUUGUGUCCUCCUGAUGGAUACGUUGGGCCAUAGUUUUUUUUGCUUUUUGGGUAUAACAAUAAUGCUGUUCACUUGGA